ACUAUAGAGUCAACGCAGACUGGGGGUCGGUUGGGAGGGGCCAUGGCAUAUAAGGGGCAGUGGGGGAAAAGCCCCAGUUGUGCGUAAACGCGUGAAAAUCAUGCGUAAGUGUGGCUGUGGUGAGUUUGGAGUGAGUCUUUUCCUUCCUCCGCUGAGCCCUAAUAUGGAGUUAGGGGCUUAUAAAUACCACCUAAAUUGUUCUCCAUACAAACUGGAUCGCGCAAGAACUUAAAGGGACACACAGCCGAUAUUCCAACAUGAACGUUGUAGCGGGGUUGUCUGUGUUGGUGCUGGUUUUCCUCCUGGGGAAAGCUGAGAGGACAGAGCGGAGUAGCGGCUACUGCUUCGGGAAUGCGUGCUUCACCCUGUUCCGGGAUCCCAGCACUUUCGCGUCAGCGGAGACGCUCUGCGGAGACCACGGCGGUCACCUGAUGACGGUGCGCACCUCCGUGUCAAACGACGUCGUCUCCGUGCUGCUGGGGAACGUGACCGGGAGCUUCUGGAUCGGUUUGCACCGCCCGAGCGGCUGCCCGGACCCCUCGCAGGAGCUCCGCGGCUUCCGCUGGGUGACCAAAGACGCGGGGAACGACUUCACCAACUGGCUGCCGGGCUCCGACAGCAGCUGCUCCGCUGCCCGCUGCGUCUCCGUGAGCAGAGAGGAGAAGUUCAAAUGGAGCCAGGCACCGUGCGACCAGCCCGCCGCGGGCUUCCUCUGUGAGUACAGCUUCACGGAGCCCUGCGCUAAUCUGUCAUACGAACCGCACGAGUCGGUCAUCUACUGGACUCCCUACGGGGUCGAGGUGGAGGAUAUGCUGUCCUCCACUCUGCCGCCUGGAACCGUCGCCACCCGCUUCCCAUCUAAGACCAAAUACAUCUGCUCGUUCAGCCAGUGGCUGCGAGCGCCCUGGAGCUGCGAGAUCCACGAAGGCGGGUGUGAGCACCUGUGCGCCGUGGACAGCCGCAACGCGCCCCUCUGCUACUGCCCGCCCGGCCACACCGUCGACCCGGUGAACAGCGUCUCGUGCACGGCGGGGGGAGCGGACGACCCGUGCGCGGCGCUGCGCUGCCAGCAGAGCUGCCUCGCGGACGGGUCCCGGCACCGGUGCGCGUGCGAGCACGGCCUGCGGCUGGCCGAAGACGGCCGGUCCUGCGUGGACGUCGACGAGUGCGCGGACGAGCGGCAGUGUCCCGGGGAGAACUUCAAGUGCGUGAACACGGCGCUCAGCUACAGGUGCGUCUGCGAAGAGGGCUACCGGCUGGUCGAUGGCGCGUGCGUGGACACGGACGAGUGCGUGCUCGCGCCGUGCGAGCAGCACUGCGUCAACACGGCCGGCGGCUACGUGUGCUCCUGCUACGAGGGGUACCGGGUGGACGAAAAGGAGCCGAGCAAAUGCAAACUGCACUGCGGGCGGGAGGAGUGCCUGGCGGUGUGUGACCCCCACGACAGGUUCCAGUGCUUCUGCCCGGACGGCUACUUGGCGGAGGAGAGGAAAGACAGCACCGUCUGCAUAGAAAUUAACGAGUGCGAAUAUUCUUCUUGCGACCAGGAGUGCCGUAACACGUACGGCAGCUACGUGUGCUCCUGCCUUCCAGGGUUCAAGCUAGUCGACGAGUACAAAUGCGUGGAGUCCGGCGGCGAGGUCACGGACAGUUCGCCAGCGACCUCCACGCCGAGCAUCCCCACGUCACCCGGCGUCCCACAACCCGAGCCGACCCGGCGGCCCUCGGCGGUGACGCCCGGGGGCCUGGUGGGGAUCAUAGUGUGCACGGUUCUCCUGGUGGUGCUGGCCGUGUUCGCGGCUCACCUGGGACUCCUCCGCAGAGGGAGGAAGGAGAGCGCCGCGGGUGAGCUCAAAGGUGCCACGGAGGAGGAGGAGGAGGAGGAGAGCCACGGCUUGCAGAGACUGAGCGACAGCCACCGGGACAAGGUGGUGUAGAGGCGGCUUGAAACGAGACGUGUGAAUGUAGGAGCCGAGCUGUCGGAAGGGACUAAUGUGAACUGUCGCCCCGAGGCUGAAGUCUGGGGAGGAUGUAGCACAGCCAUGCGCAACAGCAGCAAUAGGAAAAGAAACAGUGAAGAAACAACGGUUU